AUGGAACAUGCUGCUAACACCUCUAUUAUGACUAUGGAAGUUUUUGAUUCAGCUAAAGUCUGCAAAUCCACUACUGAAAACGUCGAUAAACUAAUUGCUGACACCAUAGAGUUUAUGGAAGAUUACAAGACUACCUACAACUCCAACACUGUCACUGCGAACAAGGCAAUUCAUAAUAUUGGUGCCAUGUUUAAAGCGGAAAGGAUGAACUUUGUUGAUCUUUGGAAGGAGUUUCAGUCUGAUAAUCAAGCAUUCCAGUCUUCCAUCAAUGCGGAGAUCUCAAAGCUUCAGGAGGAACUGGCGAUGGAGAGAAAAAUAAUGGAUGCUCUAACCAUCAAAGAUGAAAAAUCUCCAGUCAAUCCUCCUAUCAUUAAGAAAGAAACCAAGUGUAAAGAAAAGCUAAUUAACAAUGAACCCAUUAUCAAUGAUGAAGGAGACGAAGGGCCUGAUGAAGCUGAGCUUAAAAGGCGGAAGGCUCGUGAGGCAGAGUUGGACGAAAAUGCUCGCAUCGUCAGAGAGGCAGAAUAA